AUUGGUCGAACGAGCGGAGAGCUGCUCUCUGAUUGGACGGUCUCUUUGUUGACGCGUCACAUGCGACGGAACGAGAGGCUUCAUGAACAACAACAGUCAGCAGCUGAUACUCUGCUAAAAGGGGAAGUUAAAGAGUGAUUUAAGAGUAGACGGUGUCAUAACGCGUUACGUCCUCACGCUGACUGGAGAGCGGGUUUGGAGAGAGGCAGAGAGAGUUUAUUUAGUUGUAUUUAGUGUCCUGAGUAGAAAAUGAGCAUCAAUAGAAAUGCAACCACAGACUUAUACAGUGAAUGUGUCUCCGGGGACAUCGAGGGAAACGAAACGACACCUUUAUUAACAAAUGAAUCAGUGCAGACUAGAACCAAAGGAGCCUCCUUCACCUCCUCUGUGUUUAACAUGAUGAAUACCAUCAUGGGCAGCGGCAUAUUGGGUCUAUCUUAUGCUAUGGCUAACACGGGAAUAUUGGGUUUUUGUAUCCUGUUGGUACUCGUGUCCAGCCUGGCAGCGUACUCUAUACAUCUCCUACUGAAGCUAUGUGACCAAACAGGUAUAAAUUCAUAUGAAGAAGUUGGAGGGCGAGCUUUGCAAAAACCAGGAAAAGUUCUGGUUGGAAUUUCUAUUAUCAUCCAAAACAUUGGUGCCAUGUCAUCUUAUUUGUUCAUCCUGAAGUCAGAGCUUCCUGCAGCCAUCAACAGCCUCUUGAGACCAGAAAGCACAGGACAUGCCUGGUAUGAAGAUGGCAGGUUGCUUCUGAUCCUAGUCACACUUUGUGUUGUACUACCUCUGUCAAUGUUGCCCAAAAUUGGCUUCCUUGGCUACACGAGCAGCAUUGCCUUUUUCUUCAUACUGUACUUUGUGAUUGUGGUUGUGGUCAAGAAAUGGUCCAUCCCUUGCCCUCUGCCUCACAAUGUGACAACACUUUCAAGUGCCUUCCAGAUAUCAAAUUCCUCUGACUCAGAAUGUACACCCAAACUCUUUGUCAUCUCCAGUGAGAGUGGCUACACCAUUCCCACCAUGGCCUUCUCCUUCCUGUGCCACACGGCUAUCCUGCCAAUCUACUGCGAACUGGACCGGCCUAGUAAGGCCAGGAUGCAGAACAUUGCAAAUGUCAGCAUUAGCCUCAGCUUCCUGCUUUACCUCAUUUCUGCGCUGUUUGGCUACCUCACCUUCUACGCUCAUGUGGACUCUGAGCUGUUGCUUAGCUACGAUAAGUAUAUGCCUCGGGACAUCAUGGUGAUGGUUGUUCGACUGGCCAUCCUGUUCUCUGUGUUGCUGACUGUUCCUCUUAUUCACUUCCCUGCACGUAAAGCUGCCAUCUUGCUGCUGUUUGGAGGACGGGCCUUUUCCUGGCUGAUCCACAUCAUUGUAACUCUAAUCAUCCUGGGUGUCGUGCUGCUGCUGGCCAUCUUUGUGCCUGAUAUCAGAAAUGUGUUUGGAGUAGUGGGAUCGACAACAUCCACCUGCCUGUUAUUUGUUUUCCCCGGCAUUUUCUACCUCAAGCUCAGCACAGAACCCCUCAGAUCCUUAGACUGCAUUGGGGCUAUACUUCUGGUGGUCUUUGGUUUCAUUGUGGGGAUCAUCAGCUUCUCCGUCGUUGUCAUCACAUGGGCACAGAACUCAUAACCCUGUCUGACUCCCCUCUCAGGGUGAAGCGUGCCAAAGAAACUGAACAGUGGAUACAAAAAGGGAAAAGACAAUAUCACCUGAAUCAGAUUAUUGUGAUUUAAUUGUUUCCAACACUAGACCAGUGUUUGUUUCUGUAAUUCCAAACUCACACUGACCAAAUUGACAAGGACUUUUCAUGUUAUACUGUUGCGCAUCGUUGUUUACACACUAACUUUUGACGUAUCCCGAAUUCAGAGAAUUUUUUUAUUUUUGUAAUCUUCCAAGACUGGAAUAUAGGAGAAAUGUACUGUGUGAUACAAGAAAGUGUUAGGCAAGUCUUAAAGUUCAUCUUAUGUACCUCUUUUUUACUUUCUGACAGCCUUUGUAUUAUCUGUGUGUCUGAUUCUGCACCAGAUGUAAACCCAUCAGUAUUUAAAAACGCUGUUGCCUAAGUCCAAACCAUGAAUGACUCAGGUUUACCUCUUUCUCAGAUUUGGUUUGUGGAACAUUUUCACAGUUUUAGAUACACAAUCCCAAACUUUUAUAACCUGUUUUUUUACUUGUUUUAUAUAAUGUAAUGCAUGUACCCUACUGCUGAUACUUGUAUUCUUUACCUCUUAAUGAAUGUGACCAAAACACAACGUUUUUUGAUUGAGCAGUUAAUUUCAUUGAAUUGUAUGUGGUUAUAUUGUACAGUCGAAAUGUAUAGUUAUAUUGUUCAAAUUACGGGCUUUUAAUACAAGUGAAUUUUUUUAUGUACUGAUCUGUCAGUUUUCUCAGUUAACCACU